CUUCAUAACAGCGCUGCAGCUAUCAUCGCUGCGCGUAUCCUGUUUACCAUCACUCACGUGCCCUGGUUGUGUUGUGGCAGCCUUCCCUGUUGUUGCCUCCGCCUCAUUAGUGCAAGCUCUAGCUGUAGCUCUCCACAACAGCUGCGCGCCACCUCGGCUUCCAUCGCUAUCAACACUCGCCCAUCGCCGCGUCACCAGCCUCAACAACCCAACAUAGACGCACCCAGAAGACGUAUUUAUCACGUCGCUUUCCGGGGGGCACUCAUCCAACACUCGCUUCCGGCGCCCAGGCGCAGUCGAGUAACAUGGUGCAGCAACACCCGCGAGGAUGGCGAGCGAUGACGGUGCUCUCCAUCCUGGCCGGAUCCGCUCUGGCAGCGCCAGACCUGACGGCUGUGCACGAAAAGGGACGAUGCGCAAUGAGGGGACACUGUGGGAAGCAGGGCUUCUUCGGGUCGGACCUGCCUUGCCCAGACAACGGCCUGGCGACGACGCCCGAAGACGAUGUUAGGCAGAAGUUGGUGGACAUUUGCGGUGACCAGUGGUCAGACACGGACAUUUGCUGCGCCGAGGAACAGCUCGACGCGCUGAAGAGCAACCUCAACCGCGCGACGCCCAUCAUCAACGCCUGUCCUGCCUGCAAGGAGAACUUCUACAACCUCUUCUGCACCUUCACAUGCUCGCCAGACCAGUCGCUGUUCAUAAACAUCACAGACACCGUGCCAAAGGGGGACAAGUUCCUAGUCACAGAGCUGGACAACUUGGUGGCGGACGAGUAUGCGUCGACAUUCUACGACAGCUGCAAGGACGUCAAGUUCGGAGCUACAAAUGGCAAGGCCAUGGACUUCAUCGGAGGCGGCGCGAAGAACUACACUCAGUUCCUCAAAUUUCUUGGCGACAAGAAGUUUUUGGGCUCGCCCUUCCAGAUCAACUUCCCGCGACCAGCAGAGGGAGAUUAUCCCGAUAUGGUAGCCAUGAACAAACACGCGUAUCCAUGUGACACGGAAGACGAGAAGUAUCGGUGCGCCUGCCUAGACUGUGGUGGUUCUUGCGCCGAGCUGUCUGAGGUGACAGAGGACAAACAGUGCUAUGUCGGUCUGCUACCCUGUCUCUCGUUUGCCGUCAUCGUCGUCUACUCUGUAUUCAUUGCCCUUCUAUGCUCUGCCGUCGCUGGACAUGUCGCAUACCAGAAGCACUCGAACCACAAGAACGAACGACUGCGACUGCUGCAAGACCUGGAGCCGAGCGAUGAUGAAGACGAAGGCGACAUUGUGCACAAUGUUGGCAUGCUUGACCGGCCCACGAAGCACUAUGCCAUCAACACCUGGUGUGACCGCAUGUUCAGUCGUCUUGGUUACUUCUGUGCAAAAUUUCCGGCCAUCACCAUCAGUACCAGCAUUGUAUUUGUGGGGUUGUUGAGCUUGGGGUGGAUGAGGUUUGAGGUCGAAACAGACCCCGUCCGCCUAUGGGUUUCACCUGACUCCGCCGCCGCACAAGAAAAGACCUUCUUUGAUGAGAAGUUUGGUCCUUUCUUCCGCGCAGAACAAGUAUUUUUGGUAAACGAGACAUCGGCAAACUCCACUGUUCUCAGCUAUGAGACUCUCGACUGGUGGUUUGGCGUUGAGAGCCAAAUUCAGCGCCUAAAGUCUUUCGACAACGGCAUCACCCUUGAUCAGGUUUGCUUCAAGCCUGUAGGAGAUGACUGCGUUGUACAGUCCGUGUCUGGAUAUUUCCAAGGCGAUUUUGCCAACGUCUCGCCUGAUAGCUGGCAAGAGGACUUGCAGGCUUGCGUUGAGAAUCCUGCGCAAUGUCUGCCUACCUUCCAGCAACCUCUCGAUCAUCACCUCCUCUUCGGUGGUGUCAACGAGAGCAUUCUCGACGCGAAGGCACUCGUUAUCACAUGGGUCGUGCAAAAUCACCAGGAAGGGACGCCUGAACUGGAACGUGCGAUGGAGUUCGAGAAUGAGAUGAAGAACUUCCUGAAGCUGGUACAGGACGAUGCCAACAACAGGGGCCUCCGAUUAAGCUUCAAUACGGAAGUCAGUCUUGAGCAGGAACUGAACAAGAGCACCAACACAGACGCUAAGAUCGUGGUCAUAAGCUACAUCAUUAUGUUCUUGUACGCAUCUCUGGCUCUUGGCUCCACCACCCUCACAGUCAAGUCGGUUCUUCGCAAUCCAGCAAAUGCUCUUGUUCAAUCGAAGUUCAUGUUGGGCAUAGUAGGUAUCCUCAUCGUCCUCAUGUCAGUCUCUGCUUCGGUCGGUUUGUUCUCCGCUGCCGGCAUCAAGGUUACUUUGAUCAUCGCUGAGGUUAUUCCUUUCCUCGUGUUGGCCGUCGGUGUUGACAACAUCUUCCUGAUCGUACACGAAUUCGAGCGUAUCAACAUCAGCCAUCCCGAGGGCGAAAUUCCGGAACGUAUUUCGCGUGCUCUUGGUCGAAUGGGUCCAUCCAUUCUCCUAUCUGCACUCACCGAGACUACAGCGUUUGCUCUCGGAUGUGCGGUGGGUAUGCCUGCGGUUCGUAACUUCGCUGCGUACGCUGCUGGCGCUGUCUUCAUCAACGCUAUUCUCCAAGUCACGAUGUUCAUCGCUGUUCUUGCUCUCAAUCAGCGCCGUGUUGAGUCCAACCGCGCCGACUGUUUCCCCUGCGUCCGUGUUUCUCGCGCGGACUCUGGCUAUCUCAAUGGCGGCAUGGGCUACGGCGCUGGUGAAGAAAGCACUCUGCAGCGAUUCAUCCGUAAGACAUAUGCCCCUGCUCUUCUAGGUAAGAAGACCAAGGUCGGCGUCCUCGCCCUGUUUUUCGGUAUCUUCACUGCGGGUGUGGCUCUCUUCCCAAUGGUUGAGCUUGGUCUUGAUCAGCGUAUUGCUAUUCCCAGCGACUCGUAUCUCAUCCCGUACUUCAACGACCUCUACGACUACCUCGAUGUCGGCCCACCCGUCUACUUCGUCACUAAAGAGCUCGACGUCACCAAGAGGAAGCCCCAGAAAGAACUUUGCGGCCGCUUCUCGACCUGCGACCAGGACAGUCUGGCAAACGUUAUCGAAGCCGAGCGGAAGCGACCUGAAGUCUCCUUCCUUGCGGCUUCUGCUGCCAACUGGCUUGACGACUUCUUCCUCUGGCUCAACCCUGAGAACGAGAAGUGUUGUGUUGAUGACAAGGGUAAGCCUUGUUUCCAGGACCGAACACCAGCCUGGAACAUGACGCUCUCUGGCAUGCCCGAGGGCGAGGAGUUCAUCCACUACCUCGAGCGCUGGAUCGACGCCCCAACUACGGAAGAGUGCCCCAUCGGCGGGAAAGCAGCGUACUCCGAUGCUCUCGUGAUUGACUCAAAGCAUCUGACCAUCCCAGCGAGCCAUUUCCGCACCUCGCACACCCCGCUUCGCUCCCAGGAAGACUUCAUCGCCGCAUACACAGCCGCACGUCGCAUUUCCCGCGAAAUCUCCCAAGACGUCGACACAGAAGUCUUCCCCUACUCCAAAUUCUACAUCUUCUUCGACCAAUACACAACCAUCGUGCGUCUAGCCGGCGCGCUCAUCGGCUCCGCCCUCGCCGCCGUCCUAGUCAUCACCACCAUCCUCCUCGGCUCCAUCGCAACCGGGCUCAUCGUCACCCUCGUCGUCGCCAUGACGGUCUCCGCGAUCAUCGGCUCCAUGGCCGUCAUGGGCGUCUCGCUCAAUGCCGUCUCCCUCGUCAACCUCAUCAUCUGCGUCGGCAUCAGCGUCGAGUUCACCGCUCAUAUCGCCCGCGCUUUCACCUUCCCCAGCCGCGCGACUAUGGAAAAAGCACCGCGUCACCGCUUCCGCGGCCGCGAUGCCCGCGCCUGGACCGCUAUGGUGAACGUCGCUAGUAGCGUCGUUAGCGGGAUCACUAUCACUAAGAUCCUCGGCGUCGGCGUGUUGGCGUUUACGAGGAGUAAGAUCUUCGAAAUCUACUACUUCCGCGUCUGGGUCGCACUCGUUCUGUGGGCGUCGACACACGCGCUUAUCCUCCUCCCUGUUCUGCUCUCCCUUGUCGGUGGGAAGGGAUAUGUUGAUCCCGAGAGUGAGGGGGGGCUGGAGCAGGAUCUUAGGAGGAGACAGUAUCCUGCGCUUUUGGGGGAUGAUGAUGAGGAGUAUGAUAGUGAUGCUUAGGUUGUGGGGGUGUUGUUUGAUGUGAGUUGGUGUUGGAUGGAGGGAUGGGGAGAGGUGGGAUGGGAUGGAAUGUAAUAUUACUAUCGGCUAUUGAAUUUGUCAAGUGAAUG